AUGAUUCCAGUCAUCCCCACGAUCGCACUUGCUUUUUUGUCGUUUAUAUGUUCUGCUUUCGUAAUUCUCCGUAUCAUAAUUCCUAUUCUCCCUCCUCACCCGCUUAGCAGACGGGUCAGUCCUUCUGAGUUCGGACUGCCCAACUUCAACUUUCGGUCCCUCUCCGCGGCUGACAAGAGCCAUCUAUGGCUCGCAUCCCUCGACCUCAUCGCUCUCUCCGUAUUCAUCUGGCAGGCCGCGACGGAGUACUUCGGGGGUCCAUCCAACUUUGGCGAGGCACAGAGCCCCGCAGCCGCCGCGCGGCUAUGGUUCGCGAUGACCAUCCGCCAGACGUGUCUUUUAGUCCUCGCCGGUAUCAUGCUCGUCCACGUCCGCAUGGGCCGCUCGGUCGCGUACGGCAAGGGCCAGUGGUCCAUCUGGGCGCCCACCCUCUUCCUCGGCGUCGUAUCGACCGCUACAGCCGGCGUGCUCGCCGCAACGGGCGCACACAGCUUCUUCAUCGGCCUCGUCGCGUACUCGGGUGUCGUUGCUGCGCUCACGACCGUUGCGUUUGCCGGGCUCGCGGCAACGCUGUUUGUUAUCAAGCGCAACCUCACGGCGCUGAACGAGCCGACGGAUGACGCGUGGCCGCACGUCAAGGGGACGCAGAAAAGGUUCGCCACCCCGUCCAUCGCCGCGCCGUCGGACGUCGACGCGCUCAAAGAGGGCUCGUCGUGGAUCACGUCGGACGGCGGCGACGACUCGAGCCGGCACGAUUCCGUGUCCGCGUGGUCGUUCUCCACGCAGGGCGCCGCGCACCACCGCCGCGCGUCGUCGACAUGCCUCGUGUCGUCCACGAACGCCCUGGCGUCUACGAACUCGCUCGCGCCCAAGUCGCAGUUCUGGUUCAGCGCGCCAACGCCCACCGGCACCCGCCGCGACACGCUCGCGCCCCCCGUCCCGCCUCUGCCCGCGUCGCUCCGCGCGUCGACAGUCAUGUCGUGCGCGACCGUCGGCGACGAGCACCCGGACCCGUUCCGCCGCGAGGGCCCGAACGAGCACCGCGAGCUGCGCUCGCGCCUCACGCUCGGGUCCGAGAACUCGUGGCUGAGCACGGAGAACAACCAGUCGACGGUGUCCGCGUGGUCGCUCCCCGAGUCGCGCGCGGGCAGCGCCGUCGAUCUGCACUCGCAGGCUGGGCUUGUGUCAUCCAGGUCCGCGCCGCCCACGCGCCCGUCUUCGCCUACUCCGCCAUCGCCGACGCCGUCGACGCCUGGGUCGGAUAUUGCGCCGCAGGCGCUUGCGACGGCGCAGGUGCUUGGUGGGUAUGGCUUCUCGGUUGACUCGGAGAAGGGGCUUUCGUCGCUUGCUGUGCCGAAUACUGAGGUCGAUAUCUCGCCUUGGCGGUUUGCGGCUUGGAUCGCUUCGGUUUGGGUUCCUGUGAUCCUAUCCUUCCCUUACCUAGUCGCUGUAGCUUCACCCGGAAGCACUGUCUCUGCUGCCCUGCCGAUUUUCAUGGUCAUUUCCGCUACCAUCUCCUCGCCACUACUCGCCACCAACGUCAUCUUCUCCCCCAUACCCAUCCCCGUCGGCCUCUUCGACGCGCACAUUCAGGAUAGCGCCUCCCGUGCGCCGACACCAGCCUCCACCAACACGCUCAUAUCCUCGCGCUACAAGCGCAGCGCGAGCACCACCGUCGUCGACGACCGGCGCAGCGGCGACGUCUGGCUCGCCAAAGGCGACGCCGUCGACAGGCGCAACAAGCUCGGGCGCGCCAUGGGCAUGAUCGAGCCCCUCCCCCGCCUCUCCGUGAUGCCGCCGCAGGAGGACCCCGAGCCGCGCUCGCCGCUCACCCCGCCCCUGCCGAUGCAGGACCCGGACAUGGAGCCGUCGUUCCCGAGCACGUAUCUGAAUAGCUUCCCGGCGGGGAUGGACGAGGUCGGUGUGGGCCGGAUGCGCCGCGAGUCGGAGAUGUCGGAGGAGGUGUUUGAUGAUUCGCGGAUUAUGGUCGCGAGGAGGUUCUCGGCUGCUGUGGCGCAGUGCAUCAAUCUCCCGCCGUCGCCCUCGGCCGAGGGGAACGCAUCACCAUCGCUGUCGCUAUCGCCGGCGUACGCAGCAUCGCUGGCUGUGCCCGACGCCGUUGCGGCUGCGACGUCCUCGGGCGUGGACAGCCACGCGGCGAAGCGCAGCAACCGCAACUCGCACCUGCGCGUGCGCUCUGCGGGCUCUGCGAGGGACAUGGUGCGCGUCCUUGCCGCGUCUGCGGCCACGACCCCGAUCAUGGCGUGCGAUUUCAUGAAGGCGAGCACCAGCACCAGCGACACCGGUGCCAGCGCCAGCGCCAGCAGCAGCAGCCCCAACGUCAGCAUCAUCAGCCGCCCGCCGACGACGCCGCUCCCGCCCACGCCGCCCUCCGUGCGCGCUGCCAAAGCGCGCUCGCAGGGUCUUGGCAUCCGGCUCGUGCACCGCAAGUCGCGCUCAGAUCUGAACCUGAGCUACUCGCCUGUCAUGCCGGAGGGCUUCUCGUUCGGUGCUGUGGACAACGACGAUACGAACGCGAUCGACGAGCUGAGCGCGGGGAUGCUGCCUAUUCUCGUGCCCGGGCUCAAGGUCGGGAAAGACGUCAAGGUGAAGGAGUUUGAUUUCGCGUUCGAGCCGCAGCGCAGUAGCACGGUUGCGAAGAAGCGGGCGUCGAAGAAGCAGGGGCACCAGAGGACGCAGGCGGCUGUGGUUCGCCGUGCGAAGGUGAUCGAUGGCAGUGGUGAUGAGUUUGCCGCUGCUGUUGGGAAAGGGGGAUUCAAGGAGGAUGCGCCGCUGGCGCAGUCGACGCCGCCGGAGAUGCAGAGGCGCGCGAGGAAGGUGUCGACGGGCACUGUCCACUCGAGGCAUGCGAGUCUUCCAAGUCUUACCAUGUGCGAUGACUGGCUUGAGGAGCUCCAGCAGCAGCUCACGGGUCCGCCUCCGAGCAAAGACGACGGCCUCGGUCACCUCCGGAACACCGUCUGGGGCGACGAGACUCAUGCGAACGUCCGUGCGCGCUCCGAGGGCCUUGCCGAGCAACACUACGAACCCUCCAGUGCUGCUCCUGGUGCUACGGUCACCCGUAACUUCUCGACGCGAACCCUCGGACUCCGGCCCGAGGUCCCGCACAGCGUACGCGGCUCGUUCUUCUCGAUCAGCGACUCGGAGCAGGCUGCCGGUAGCAGGACACUCGUACCAUCGUCUGCUACCGGAUCUGCCGUCACGCUCUUCGAGCCCGACGCGUCGUUUGCGCCGCCCGCUGAGAGCACGCCGCUCCAGACCCAGAAGGACAAGCAUGAGAGCGUGUCUGCGUCGCUGAAGAAGCACCGCGAUAACAUCCGGAACCGCAUCGUCGAGCGCACGAAGACGGUUACGACUACGACGACGCGUCGCUCGAGUAUCAAGUAUAUCAAGUCGGAUUCUGAAGAAGAGCGUGCGGGUAGCGACGAUAAGCGUGUCGUUGACAACUACGUUCUUUCUUUGAGCCCCGAAACGAAGGUCAAGCCCGCGGGAGCGAAGUCGAGCACGAGCAGCACCCUGGCUCAGUGGUCUCCCAAAGCGGUGCGACCGCUUGUUCCUCGGGCUAGCAAGCGCGGAAGCCAGCAGUCGUCUCUUCUCUCUAACUCGGCCAUCGCCAACUCUUCGUCGACUCCCGAAGUGACCUCAAGCCAAGCUCAGGCCUCCGACUCCCCUAAACUUGGCGGGCUCCGCCAGCUCUCGCUCCUCCAGGACCGCACCGGCAGCGCCAGCUCCCGUAGCAGCGGCGCACGCGCGCUCGUCCUCGGGCGGAAAAAGUCCAAGAAAGACGUGUCCUCGACAUCGACGCCUUCGGACGAGAACUCGAAUCCGAACUCGAGCUCUGGUACCCCGGCUUCUUCGACGUCGUCCCGGCGCAGCCUCAAGCCCCUGUCGCUCUACCGCUCCGGAACGGCCAAGGAGCGCGCGCGGCUGCGCCAGAACGAGGUGCUGCCCGCGAUCGCCGUCCGUCCGCCGUCUGGCGUCACGAUGGACGAGGGGUGCGGGUUUGCUUUCUGAUCUGAUGCACGACGCAUGAUACAUAAUGUCCCAACGAAUUCUCAUGUCCAUACUAACGAUGUCCAUACUCUAUCGCCUCCCUCCUCAACUCACGAGAUGGCCAGGGCUCACGGCGUCGCCCUGCGCCAUUGUCUAAUACGCUCUCCUGCUAUAUAGUCGACAACAACAUCUGGUCUAAUACUGUUUUACAUUGUAGAUUUCACCUUUUACUACUAAUCUCCGCAGUGCUUUUACGUCUCUGACGAUCGUCUUACGUGGCUAUUGCUUGCCCUUAUGCUUAUCACCACGCCUCGGCAUCUCCGCCCAUCUCGCAUUGCAUCCACGUCUUUUCACGCCCAUCUUACGCCACCGCCUCGCCUAUAGACG